AUGUAUCUUUGCAACAUUAAGUUGACGGGCAAGGACUUGCCGAACAGCUUGCCUGAGCGCGUCAAGAAUGAAGUCUCCAGCAUGGUCGACAUCAUCUCCUUCAACAUUGGAGAGGAUGGACCUAACCGCCAGACUCCGGCCAGCAAUGCGCCCAAGUUCAACGAACAACCCACAAUCCAGCAGCCACAGCCGCAGCAAUCGAACAGCCAGUUGUUGAACACACUGGUCACACAGCCCACUGGCUUUGGGCAACAGCCUAUGGUCAUGCAACCUACAGGUAUGCAGCCGCAGCAGACAGGUUUUGGACAAGCCCCCGGAGGAUACACUGGCCCUCGUCCGUCCAUGCCACCAAUGCCGACAGGAUACGGCUCAAACUUGGCACCCAACCAGACUGGCAUGGCGCCUCUUAAUGCUCAGCCAACAGGAAUGCCUGGACAGUGGGGCUUGGUGAACAAUCCCGCUAGUGGCCUUCCAAACAUCGAGGCUUUAGCGGCGCGUAUGAUGCCCCAGACUGGACGUGAAGGGGGAAACCACACUACUGCUGGAUUAACGGGCAAUGCCACUAUUCCGUGGGCGAUCACCAAAGGAGAGAAGAAGCUCUACGAUGACACCUUCAGGGCUUGGGACGGUAUGAGCAAAGGCUACAUCAGUGGAGCGCAAGCUCUUGAGAUCUUUGGACAAAGUGGCCUUCCAAAGCCUGACCUGGAGCGCGUGUGGACAUUGGCCGAUUCCACUGACCGUGGCCGCCUUAAUCUUGACGAGUUUGCUGUUGCUAUGCAUUUGAUCUACCGUAAACUCAACGGAUACCCCAUCCCUGCGCGUCUGCCUCCUGAGCUGGUCCCACCAUCCACACGCAACAUUAAUGACUCGAUCGGUGCAAUGAAGAACCUCCUUCGCGGAGAUGCUGAAGACAGGAAGAACUCCGGCGCGUUUCUCCAACCACAGCGAACUGGCGUCAGCUACCUCAAGUCUCACUCAUUCCGAGCUGGCAGUCCUGCAGCCGGAGGCCGCAAAGAUGCCACGGUGUUCCGUAAUAACGAUGAAAAUGUUGGGUACAAGUCAAGUGCUAGGCAUCGUCUGGGAGGUGGUGGCCGAUCUCCGUCACCAGCGCAACCCGCGUCGCCUUCAUCUGAGCGGUCUGAUGAAAUGUCUCUUGACCAGUUGCGAAAGAGUGUCAAGGAGAAGCAGAUUCUGCUUGACGCCAUGGACACUCGUGACGAGAAUGCCGCAGAUGAGGAGGAUGCACUUGACCGCCGAGACCGACGGGAAGCCGAAGAUCUAUACCGCCGCAUCCGCAGGAUUCAGGAAGACAUCGAUGCUCAUCCAAAAGCUUCGCUUCGAUCCAACGACUCGGAUGCAGAGCGUCGUGCAUUGAAGCGUCAGCUUCAAACUCUGACCGACCGCCUACCAGAGCUUGCAUCUAACGUUCGCCGCACCGAGCGCGAGAUCGCAGAUGCCCAAUUGGAGCUCUUCAGACUCAAAGAUGCCAAAGCCCACCCCGGGUCAUCUGCAACGAUUGUUGGUACUGGCCCUGGCGGCGCUGUGACUGAGUCUGAUCGCUUGAAGGCACGUGCCAGAGCUAUGAUGCAAGCACGUUCUGCCGCUUUGACUGGACGCCCUGCCCCAGCUGCAGAUGAUAGUGGGGCAGCAACGGAGCGCCUUGAGAAAGAGAACUCACGCAUUCGAUCUGAGAAGGAGAAUAACGAGCGCAUGAUCCGCGAUGUCGAAGAUAGUGUGAAGGAGUACACCAAGAGUCUGGAGUCGAGCCUCAAAGAAGGCGGACAUGAUAACACCAGUGAGCAUGAGCGACGCCGAUGGGAGGAAGCUCUGGGAGUCGAGGACGAGGUCAAGGACUUCAUCUUUGAUCUUCAGAGGAGCAGUCGCGCUUCGCGUAUCCGCAAGGAGGAUGGAGGAUCGUACGCUUCCUACAAGACUCCUGAGGAGCGUGCUGCCUUCAUCAAGCAGCAAGCUGAGCAGCGCAUGGCUGAACGUCUCGCGGCACUGGGAAUCAAGGCCCCUGCCAAGGCUGGUGAGACGCCACAACAACGCGCUGAGCGUGAGAAGAAGGAGCGCGAAGAAAAGCUUCGUCAGGCUGAGGAGGAGGACGCUCGCCGCGAGGAAGAGCGUCAAAGAAGACUGAACGAUGAAUCAACUGCGCCUCCCGCACCAGUUCAGGGAAGCGGCAAGAAGCCUGCACCUCCACCACCAGCCUCGCGCAAGAACAAGGCCGAUGUUGCGCAGCAUGAUGUCAACCAAGCUGACGCUGAAGCUAAGAGGGCUGAGAACGAGAUGGCGGAGAAGGCACUACGCGAGCAACAAGAAGCGCAAGAGGCCGAGACGAAGCGCUUGGACUACACCAGGGAUGAAGAGCGUAGACAAGAGAACGACCUAGCCACAGAGCGUGAAGCUGCUCAAGCUCGACUCCGUGCACUUGAAGAGCAAGUACAGCAAGGCAAGCUCAAGAAGGCGGAGGAGAAGAAGCGCAAAGCCGCGGCGCAGAAAGAGCAGAAGGAACAAGAAAGCCGACUUGCUGCGCAACGCGCCGAGAUCGAGGCUGCCCGCGAGCGUGAGCGACAGCUUCAACUGCAGCUCGAAGCAUUGGACGAUGACGACUCAUCUGACGAUGAAGGCCCUCAGAACAUCACUCCACAAGACACAACGCCUACUGCCAGCCAGGAACUGCCUCGAGAGUCAGCGCCUCCGCCUGCACCGCCGAUGCCUGUUCACCAAAAUACCCCGCCGUCCUCGGUCGCCAGCCCUCCAGCUUCGUCAUUGACCAGCCCACACGCUGACACUGAAACCAAGAACCCAUUCCUCAAGAAGAUGGCUCUGAACAACCAGGAGAGCACGGCGACACCACCACCUCCACCAAGCAAUACCAGCGAGGUGUCCACCAACCCGUUCCACCGCCUGACACAGGAGAAUGCCAACAAGGCUGCCACUCCCACCUUUAACGAGCCGGCAGCGCCCUCCAGCCGCAGAAUGGGUCGCCAGGAAGACGAUGACUGGUCGGUCGUUGACUCUGACGACUCCUCGUCGGAUGAUGACGAGGGUCCAACUCAAGGUGGAGCCAAGCAGCUCGCCUCCAUUCUCUUCGGCACCAUGGCACCUCCCCGUCCUCUCUCUUCCAUGGACAACAAGAGCCCUCGUGCCGAAAGCCCUGCCAUUACUUCACCUCCGGCAGGUAUCCCGCCGCCGCCACCAAUGCCUUCAGGCUCUGCACCGCCGCCACCUCCAGGCCCACCCCCACCACCUGGUGGUGCGGCACCUCCACCCCCGCCUAUGCCUAACAUGAAGGCGCCGGGCGGUCCACCUAACCGAGGUGCGCUGCUUGGUGAGAUUACCGCGGGCAAAGGAUUGAGGAAGGUUGAGACGAAGGAUAGGAGCACGGCUUCUACUGCGGGUCGUGUUUUGGGUUAA